AAAAAAUUGGAAAAAUGAAAAUAACACAUUUUAUCGUCUUUUUUAAUUUAUUUUAUUUCUUGUUAGCUACACCUCUUAAUGUAGCCAAUGAGAAUGGCGAUGUAGACGAUACCUUAUUGGAAAAUUUUGAUGCCAAUGAUAAUGACGAUAUAGACGAUACCUUAUUGGAAAACUUGGAUGAGAACUACAAUAAUGAUUCCGAAAUAGAUUUCGAUGUAGCAUCAGAUAUAUUCUCUGUAUCGAAAGAUGUAACAUUAAAUCUGUAUCGUCGUCAAGAUCCCGAUUAUCCAUUUACAUUAACCAUGGACAACUACCAAAAUGCGCCAUUAAAUUCAACGUUAAAAACUGAAAUAAUCGUCCAUGGCUGGUUAAACGAUGCUGAUAGACUUUGGGUAUUGCGCAUGAAGGAUAAAUAUUUUUUAAAUGGUGAUUACAAUGUCAUUGUUGUUGACUGGGACAAAUAUGCAAAAUGGGAAUACACUUUAGCCACCUAUAAAGUAAAACCAAUUGGAGAAUACAUUGCAAAAGUUUUAACGCCAUUGAUUGAAGGUGGAAAAUUAGUUCCAGAAGACAUACAUAUUGUUGGACAUUGUUUGGGUGGCCAUAUUGCAGGUUUUGUUGGUAAAACUAUUCAAAGAACACUUGAAAAGAAUAUUGGACGUAUCACCGGUUUGGAUGUGGCUAGAAGUUUAUAUGAAUUUCCAAUUUUAGUCAGCAAAAAGAAACGGUUAGUGAAGGAAGAUGCAUUAUUUGUGGAUGUUAUUCAUGCAUGUGGUGGAAAUUAUGGAUUUAAAUCAGCAAUAGGUCAUGUUGAUUUCUACCCAAAUGGUGGUACUGCACGCCAACCAGGCUGUUCUCGAUUAACUCCUUAUCUUUGCAGCCGUGGACGUUCUCACGAAUAUUACACGGAAUCAAUUAACACAAAUAACUUUCUAGCUACACGUUGCACUUCUUGGAAAAGUUAUAAGAAAGGUAAAUGUGAUGAAACUAAAAGAGUGGUUAUGGGUUUUCAUAUCAAUACUAAAGCCACGGAAGGUAAAUAUUAUCUACGAACAAACAAACGGGAACCGUAUUCAAAAGGAUAAUCAUUAUAACAUUUUAAACCAAAAAUUUUGUUGA